CUUUCCCCCUGGCGCUUCUGCCCAGCUCUGGCGGACAAGUCUCGACAUCGUGCGCUCCCCCCCUCUCCGGGACCGCUCCCUCCCCCUUCUCGGCGUAGUCGAAGAUAAACAAUAGUUGGCCGGCGAGCGCCGAGUGUGUAUCCCGCCGCCGGAUUCGGCGGGCUGCGUGGGACCGGCGGGAUCUCGGCCAGCCGGCCAUGGCGGGGCUGUACUCUCUGGGAGUGAGCGUCUUCUCAGACCAGGGCGGGAGGAAGUACAUGGAGGACGUUACUCAGAUCGUGGUGGAGCCCGAGCCCACGGCUGAAGAAGAGCCCUCGCAGCGGCGGUCUCUCUCUCAGCCGUUGCCUCCGCAGCGAUCACCGCUGGCUCUUCCUGGCGGCGAAAUCUCGGGGAAAGGCCCGGCGGUGGCAGCCCGAGAGGCUUGCGACGAGCCGCCGGACGCCGGGGCCUCGCCGGCUCCCGGCUGCUGCUGCCGCCGCCGUUCCUCGGUGGCCUUUUUCGCCGUGUGCGACGGGCACGGCGGGCGGGAGGCGGCACAGUUUGCCCGGGAGCACUUGUGGGGUUUCAUCAAGAAGCAGAAGGGCUUCACCUCUUCCGAGCCGGCGAAGGUGUGCGCUGCUAUCCGCAAAGGCUUCCUCGCUUGUCAUCUCGCCAUGUGGAAGAAACUGGGUAAGUUCCCGGCUUGUUUGGCGCCCGCCUCUUUUUCAGGCAGUUUGGGGCCUUUUAUAGCGCCAGUCCCGCGGUCCCCCGGCACGGAGAGCGCUCUCAGUGUCCAUCGAUGGGAGGGAAGACUUUUCUGGGUCUCAGCGCUCUUUCCAGGUGGAGGUGGGGGCAAACAAAGUGGUUUUGGGAAGGAUAGGAUUGUUGUCUCGCUUCAAACGCUCCUCGCUUUAUUUCCACCCCCACCCCCCCAAGGAUCAAUGGGGAGCAGUCCUCUCCCUUCGCGACUUCACUUUGGUGGCCGCCAGCGGAAACGUGUUUGA